AUGGUGAAUACAAUGUUCCAAAGCCAGAUCGGAAGAAAUAUGGAAGUUUACGUUGAUGAUAUGCUAUUCAAGAGCGCGAAAGGCAUUGAUCAUGUGAUAGAUCUGAAGGAGGCCUUCGAUGUCCUACGGUUCUUGUCCCAAGCUGGGGAUAAGUGUCUUCCGUUCUUCAAGCUACUAAAAGGAGGAAAAGGUAAACAACAAUUUCGCUGGACAGAGGAAUGCGAAGCAGCUUUCGAAGAAAUCAAAGCCUCCCUAACCCGGCCCCCUCUGCUAAGCCAGCCAGAGCCCGGAGAGGAGCUACAGCUUUACCUCGCUACCUCUGUGGUAGCCGUUAGCGUAGUCCUCGGGAGAGAAGAGGGAAAGACCCAGAGGCCUAUCUACUAUGUGACUCAUGUGCUCCUAGAAGCGGAGACAAGGUAUCGGAGAAUUGAGAAGUUUGCACUGGGAUUGAUCGUGACAACCAGGAAGUUGAGGCCCUACUUCCAAGCACACACCAUUACUGUACUAACUGAUCAACUGCUAAGAAAGUCACUUCACAGCCCCAGCAUAGCAGGAUGUAUGGUGAGUUGGGCUGUCGAGUUAAGUGAGCAUAACAUUGAAUUCGACCAAGAAGCGCAAUCAAGGGUCAGGCACUGGCUGAUUUCUUGGAGCGGUGUAGGACUUGUGCUGCGAAGCCUUGAGGAAUUCAUGAUACAGUACGUCCUUAGAUUUACAUUCCCCGCAACAAAUAAUAAAGCAGAAUAUGAAGCCCUGAUUACAGGAAUCGAACUGGCAAAGGCGGCAAUGACAGAUGACCUGGUCGCACAUAAUGACUCCCAACUAAUUGUGAACCAAGUCAAUGGGAAAUACGAGGCCAAAGAAGAGAGAAUGGCCGAAUAUUUGAAAGAAGAACGUCGUCUGGUGACCAGUUUCUACACAUUCGUAAUGGUGCAGAUCCCGCGGGGGGAAAAUGCAGUGGCAGAUGCCCUCUCCAAAUUAGCUACAGCAGAACUCGGGGACUAUGCAAGCUCAGUAUACUUUGAAGUACUAGACCAACCUACCUAUGAGCAAGAAGUGAUGUGCAACAAUACGCAGCAAGCCGAGCCGAGCUGGAUGGACCCUAUUAUGGACUAUUUACGAGAUGGGCACCUCCCAGGAGAUCAGAUAGAGGCAAGGGCAGUCAAAAGGAGGGCAACUAAAUACACCUUCCAAGGUGGAGCACUUUACAAAAGGGCAAUAUCCUGGCCCCUGCUGAAGUGCUUGCCCCUGAACCGAGCUGAAGAGACUUUGCAAAGUCCAUGA